AGAAUAUGUUAGAAUAUGUUAGAAUAUUUCUCCAUAUAUUGUGUUAUAUAUUUAGGGAAACAAAAUAUUCUGUAUAUUUCCCUAAUUUAGGUAACAUCUCUUGUAUAUAUAGUAUGCAAUGUAUAUUGGAAGAGAAUGAAUAAAUACAGAGAUUUAAACCCUAAAAUUGGUUUAUUCCUUUAAUCAUGGUAUCGGAGCCGAAGGUGGUUCGUGGUAUGAUGUGGCUCACAUGUGAGGGGGAGUGUUGGAAAUACUUCACAUGUGAGACAAGAUCCCACAUCGAUAAAAUAGUGGGUUGUUGACUUGCAUAUAUAGUGGGUGAGCUAAUCUUCCUACUACCAUAUGAUUUUGGGAAACAAUGAACCUCACCAAGUGUAUGUGGAAGUCAACGCUCUUGACUCGUGGGUUUGUGGGCCCGAGUCCACGGGUGUCCUGUGUCCACAUGAGUGGGCCACGGUGAAACUUAUGUGACGAAUUGUCACGGCCUAAUAUGGUAUCAGAGCCAAGACGUUUCUGAGGAGAAACCGUCUAAGCGGCGUCAUCAUUUACCGGAAAAACAAACCUCACCUGAAAAAGAAAACAGAAUGGAGUCAAAGGACACCAUAAUCAUGCCAGACCAACCAGUAACAAUGGGGCAGUUAUUGCAACUGUUCUCACAGUUAAACACCAAUAAACCACCUCCACCACCAUCCGAAACAUCCACAAGCACCACCACAAUUUCAAUUCCCACAUUCUCAAUAUCAGAAAAAUUAACUCACCAGAAUUACACCAUGUGGUCCAGGCUGAUGCAAUUAGCCUUAAGUGGUCGUGAUCGGCUCAACCAUAUCAUCGCUGACCCACCACCACAAACAGACCAAGAGUACAGCCAAUGGACCAGGCGAGAUUCAGUGGUUAUCUCAUGGAUAAUCGAAAGCAUUCAUCCGGAUUUGGUCAACCAAUUUAUCGAUUUCCCAAUCGCAAAAACUCUUUGGAAGGGGAUAGAGACCGUAUACAGCAGUGGCGGUGACGGUCUCCAAAUUUUCGAUCUCACUGUCAAAGCUAACAAAAUCGAACAAAGGACCGACACCUUGGAAAAAUAUUAUAGCAACUUAAUAACUUUGUGGAAGGAAAUCGAUAGGAGGCAACCAAACCCGAUGAAGGACCCAGAAGACAAAGUCAUUUACAAUCAAUUAACCCAGAAAAACCGGUUGUACCAAUUUCUUGCAGGGGUAAAUGAAACUUUCGACAAAGAGAGGAGAGACCUUCUCCUUCAAGAUCCAUUACCCACUGCAGAAGAAGCCUACGCAUUCAUAAGGAGGGAGAUAAUGAGAAGGGGAAUCAUGAAAAAGGAGCCCUCAUCAGAGGUAGAUUCAUCGGGCUCAGGGGGCGUGUUCGCUGUUAGAGGGAGAUCGAAAAAAUCUUACCGGAAAAAUGACGACAGGAGCCAUCUUCAAUGUACCCACUGUGGUGGGAUGAGGCACACGAAAAGUGAGUGCUUCAAACUUGUUGGAUACCCGGAUUGGUGGCCAGACACGAGGAAGAAAGGGGCAAAAAUGGCCGGCCAACUCUCCGAUCAGCCAAGAUCUGGAAGAGCAGCGGUCGUUUCAAGCACCAAAUCAGACGAAAACAUGGCAGCCAUGGUUAAAUACUCAAAGGAGGAUGAAGGUAACAGGGAAAAGCAAAAGUCAGAGAAAAUGGGAAGGAGAAAGUGACCCUUCAAAUGAAGGAGAAGGUGACCCUUCAAAUGAAGGGCACACGUUUUUUAAAGCAAAAAGAAGGGGAAACGUGGGUCCCUCUCCUCCACCCGUC